UCGCGCUCUCUCUCUCUCUCUCUAAUUAACUGUCUUUCUCUCUCAUCAAGUAGUCGUACAAGUCAUAAGUAUUUAAGGGUUGCAGGCAGGGUUCAUUCUUUUUGCCAUCUAAACUAAACUAAACUGAUCGUCUGAUUCCCCUUUCCUUCACCUUCUUCUAAUUUCUAUGUUUUGUUUCUCUGAAUUUUCAGUCUUUAUAAUUUGAUUUUCAUGGCUUCCCCACACACGCAAGCUUUUCCAGCAGAUCAUCAAGAAACCGGACUCAAUCUCCCACCCCCUACAGACAACAAGGGUUCUACUCCUAAUUAUCCACGCCGGACGCCGACGGCCGCGCAGCCUCUUCGCAUGGCGCCACCCACCACCAUAUCCCUCAAACUUGAAGAACCUGACGCCGAUUUGGGGGAGGAUAAACCACCAGGAAUACUUCCUCACCCCCAGAUGAAAAGGUCUUCAACUAAAGACCGCCACACCAAAGUUGAGGGCCGUGGCCGGAGAAUCCGAAUGCCCGCCACCUGCGCCGCUAGGGUCUUCCAGCUCACCCGAGAGCUCGGACACAAGUCUGACGGGGAAACCAUCCGUUGGCUGUUGGAACAAGCCGAGCCCGCCAUCAUCGCCGCUACCGGGACCGGCACCGUCCCCGCCAUUGCCAUGUCGGUCAACGGCACUUUGAAAAUCCCAACCACCACCUCUUCCGCCGCGGGAGGCGGCUCCGACGAUCCCACUAAUCGCAAACGCAAGCGUCCCUCUAGCAGCGAAUUCAUUGAUGUAAACACCACCGGCUACCCCGCAUCAAACGCUACUAAUAAUUUCGCCAUCACCAAUGCUAAUAAUUCCGCAAUUAUAUCGUGCAACAACGCUUCAGUUUCCGCCCCGUUAAUGUCAGUUAUCCCAAUCCCUGCCAUGUGGGCUAUUCCGACAGUAGCAUCAAACUCAAACUCAUCAACCCCAACUUUCCUCAUAAUCCCACCAAAUCAGGCCGCACAGGUUCUAACAGUUCAGCCAGCCGCUGCUCUAAACUUGGCCCCGGUGGUCAACAUUUCCGCCGCCGCGCGGCCUAUUUCUGCUUUCGUAGCUGCUAUGCAACCCUCCGGCGGCGGCGUUAACGUCGCGCAACCUGUGGCCCAGAUUAAUCUGCAGACUUUUCAGAGCUUGAGCGCAGGAGUUUCAGCGGAGAAACCGAAUUUACCGAGUUCGAGUAACAGUUCUGGGGCGACCAAGACGCAGAUGCUGAGGGAUGUUUCCUGGGAGAUUCACGAGAAAAAGGAGUUCCCAUUUGUGCCCACUCGUUCGGCCAAGAAUUAAGACGAGAGGUUUCCAGCUUGACAAUGAACUCCAAUGGAAGGUCAACAACAGCGUGAAGCGCCGAUUCAAGGAGGACGGUGGUGUUGGAGACUAAGAUGCGCACGUGUGAUAGUGGAAGCAAGGCCUCCAGCUUAGGUUGGCGGAAGGGGUCCACAAGAGUGGAGGCAGAAAAGGGAGAAGGGGCCCACGUGGGGGCACAGUGUCCGAGGUGGUGGACCCGCAGGCGGAGAACGUCCUUGCUGGGCGGCCGCCGGGGUGGUCCCGUAUAUGGGCCUAGCUUUGGUGGAGCAGAAGGGAGAGUGGGGGGACGUGGCCGGCAAUGGGCUUCUGACAUUGGUGGGCCUCUUCAACGCGUUUGCUGCUCCACUUCUUACCUUCAUUUCUUUCUUAGUCUCAUAAUCUCAAUCUCCUCGCAUAGUUAUGGUCAAGCAACCCCUUCAACCAUAAUUCCAUUUCUUCUUUUCUUUUUCAUUUUUUUUUUGGGGAUUAGGUGAUGUAACUACUCAUAAUCUUUAAUCUUAAAUAAAUAGUGGAGCUUGUUUAUCAUUAA